AUGAAAAAAAUUGAAGGUCAAUUUGAAAAAUAAAAGCUAUACCAAUAAAAGUUAUAAAAAAUAAAAGAAUUAUGUUAAGAGGCUACAAAAAAGAUUAGAUAAGGUUUGUUAGAAGGAACACCUAUAAAAAUGGCAAAUUCAGAUAUCAUGAAUAUUUAUAAGUAUUGAUUUUAAUAAUUAUAAGUGAUAUAUAUAAAUUGACAGAUGAGGCUGGAACUGCUCAAGCUUAAAAAAAUCAAACUAAAAAUUAGAAUAAUAAUAAAGGUGAUAAAGUGGAAGAAUAAUUAAUUUAAUUUUUUAAGGAUUUUUUGAAUGAAUUCAUUGCUGAUAUAUAUUAAAAGGUGAAUGAAUUUAUAGGGGAAAAAGAGAGUGUACUUCACAUAGUUUCUAAAACUUAUCAUGAUUAUAAGGCUUAUUCAUAUUGGCUAUAUAAAAUGUUUUAUUAUCUAGAUAAAUUUGCAAUGCCAAGUGUUGGAACAACUUUGUGUAGUACCUCUUUAAAAUUAUUGAAAGAUGGGUAUUUUGAAAAAUGUAAUAAACUAAUAUUGAAUACAAUUUUAUAAUUUAUUUAGGAAACAAGAAAGAGUGGAGUUUUAUUAAAUAAAUAAAUAAAACAAUUAAUCUAGUUAUUUUCUGUGAUGGGUUCUAAAGAAGUGGAAUUAAAAUUUAUGAAAGAUGUAGGAGAAUAUGAUUAUCAAUGUAAUAAACCAAAUGAUGCGUAAAGAUUCUACAAAGAUUAAUUCCAACAUCAUCUUUUGCAAGAAGUAUAUUUAAGUUGAAUAAAUAAAAGACAUAAAAAUUUUAUAAGGAUGAGAUAGAUGAAAAAUAAAAGUUUACAACACCAGAGUUUAUAAAUUGGGGGAAUUCUAUUUUUAAAUUAGAAAUGGAUAUGUGUAUGGAAUGUUAUCCGAAAAGUUAAUCUGCAAUAGAGAAUAAAUUAAAAAUAAUGUUGGUUAAAGAUUAAGCAGCAAGAUUAACUAAUUCAACUACAGGAGUAGGUUAUAUGUUGUAGUAUGACAGAACUGAUGAAUUGAAAUAAUUAUUUUAAUUUAUACUCAGAACUAAAGAAUGUAUAACUCAUAUUGCUCAAGCUUAUUAAAACUAUUUUGAAUAAUAAGGAUAAAUCAUUAAUAAUUCAAUUGAAUAAGAACAAUAAGUAUAAUUAAAAGAUGGUCGUUAAUUACGUAAUUUUAGAUAUUAUAUAUAGAUGAGGCUGAAUUAUAUUUUACAAGAAUGCUAGAAGUUAUGGAAAAAGCAUAAAGCAUAUUAAAAAAUUAAUUAUUAGAUGAACCAGAAAUAUAAAAAUCUUAUAGUGGAGCUUUUAUGUCAGUAAUCAAUAAAAAUGAGAAAUCACCAAUGUGGUUAGCCAUUUAUACUGAUAUUAUCAUUAGAAGUGAAAAAGGAGUAAAUGAAAUGGAAACUGAUAAAAAGUUAGGGAAAAUUGUUUCUGUCUUUUAAUUACUUUAUUAACGUGAUGUAUUCUUUAGACAUUAUUAAAAAUUCUUAUCAAAUAGAUUACUUAAUUAAUAAAUUUAGAAUUUGUAAUUAGAGAAAUAAUUACUAUAAAAAUUUAAAGGUGAAACUGGCACCAAUGUUUUGUAAAUUAUUCAAUUAAAUUUAGAACAUAAUUAUCAAGUAUGAUUAAUGAUAUUGAAUAAUCAAAUAGAUUUGCAACUGAUUAAGCUAUUAGCAAAAACUUAAAAUUUGAAUUAAAUGUAUAUUUAUUAUCCUAAGGUUGUUGGCCAAUUAACACUAUUUAAGAUAAUAUCAUGAAACCACCUUAAAUAGAAACUGUUUUAAAGUAUUCAGUUUAUUUAAUUAUAUUAAUUUAGAAAUUAUGAAGAUAUGUAUUUGUAAAAACAUAAUGGGAGAAUACUUACUUGGUGUUUUAAUAUGGGUUAAGGAGAAUUAGUAUAUAGAAUAUAAAAUGAAAAGUAUUAUUUGAAUGUGAAUACUAUGUAAAUGAUUGCUUUCCUAUAAUUCAAUUAAGCUGAUUCAUUCUCUAUCAAGAAUUUAUUAGAAUUAACUAAAAUAGAUAAAAUUGAUUUAGAAAACUCCCUUAUACCUUUUGUGUGUUUGAAAAUAUUAUCAAGAGAAAAGUAGGAUGUUGAAGAAUUUUAAGAUGAAAAUGAAAUUCUAAAAUUAAAUUAAAUUUUUAAUAACAGAGCGAAGAAAAUGAAAUUAUUACCAAAUUAAAAAAUGCAACCAAAAAGAGCUGUAAGAAUAUUGAAUAAUAUUUAUAGAGUAGAGUUAAAGAAUAGAAUUAAGAAGAACUUUAAUAGAUGGAAUAAAUUAAUAAAUAGAGGGAAUUUGUAGUUGAUUCUCAACUAGUUAGGUUGAUGAAAUCAAAAAAGACUAUUAAGCAUCAUGAAUUACUUGAAAGUUGUUAAUCUAUGAUUUCAAUUUUUAAGCCAGAUGUACUUUUCAUCAAAAAGAGAAUAGAAAAUUUGAUUGAAAGAGAAUAUAUUAGAAGAGAUGAAAAAGAUUGGUAUAUAGCAAUUAUAUAAAUAUAUUAGGAAUAUUUAUCAUUAUCUGAAUUGAAAUUAUCAAAAAUGAAUAUUCAUAUAUAAUAUAAUUAUUUUAGUUAACUUAGAGAAACAAAUUCAAAAAUAAUGUCCGAAAGUUCCAAGACAAUAUCAUGCACAGAAGAUUUUGCUCCAAUGAGAAAAGGUACAAGAAUGAAUUACACAAUCUAUAGGAAUAUUUGUUGAACUCUUCCUUCUCUACUUAAUUUAUAUGGUAAUUAGUAUUGCAUCAUAUUACUAAAAUUCUGAAUAAGAUACAUCUUAACCAGGCUAACAUAAUGAUGGAGCUGUUCCUCCAAAUCAACCUUAAGUAAUUAUACACAUAUCCAAAAUCAGAUUAAACCUUCAUUUAUAAGUGUUGAAGCCUUGAAUAAAUUCUUUACCAUAUUCUUCGGAUAUCAUGUUAUUCCUGUUGGAAUGUCUCUAUUAUAUUAACCGAGAACUUAUUCCAUUGUUAUCUGUUAUCUUCAUUUCGCAGGUAUGAUCACAAUUAUAUAAUCAAGCCUACAUCGUAAUCUUAGUUGCAUAUUUUAAAGAAAAAGAAUCCAUCUUAAAAAUAGCAUACACAGCAUCAGGCCUUUUUAAUAUACUUCUUAUCUUAGGUGCUAUUGUUGGAUUAUCAUAAGCAGAAUAUUAAUGUCUUUGAUCAUAUCAAUUAAAUAGUCAUUAAUAUUAUAAUAAGAG